AUGAGGUUAAGGGAAUUCAAUCGUAUAGGAAUACACGUGCAGUGCGGGUCGCUCUCUAUCGUCUUCUCCGGUUUAUUUGUGUUGUUAUAAUGGCCCCUUUACUUGUAUUGGAACAUGUUUUUCACGCCCAGCAAGGUUUUCUUCGGCCUUUGGCCGAAGGAAGACUUGCUGUUGAAAAUAUUGUCAGUAUUGGAGUGAAGAGCCGGCGCGCUGAACUCGUCGAGAUACAGGCAAUAGUAGUCCCGAGUACUAAUGUAACAAAAGACCCAUUUACCGUGGAGGUUUCUAUAAAUACUAAAGAAGCAAUCGUCGAAAAGAAGAUAACGGCAAUAAGCUGUUCUUGUGCGGGCGGUGCCUGUAAAAAGCAUUGCUGUAAGCAUGCGAUGGCAGUCAUCAUCAACUUGGAAAGGCUAGAUGAGUCUGACAUUGAUACUCUCACAUGCACGGAUACGAAUCAAGCGUGGGGUAAGCUCAAGGAGGGAGCAUUGAGUAAGUUUGAUCCUGCUGCCCUGGACACUUUCUGCCAUGUUCCUAAAGUUGUGCCGGUCUACCGUCGAAAAGUGGAACCAGUUACUGAAGAGCUAGCAGAUGAGUUUGAGAAAGCUAGUCUGGCAUUAUUGGAAAACUCAAUGGCUGCCAAGUGUGAGAAGAGGCAGCGAAAAGCAGCACCAGCUCCAGCUCAGCCCAGUCAAAGGCGCCUUAGUUUCUUCAACCAUGUGAUUCAGCAGCAACAUAAUCUAGUCAUUAGAGUACAUGAGUUAAGUUUAAGUAUGUUAAGUAAGUGUUCCCCUGCUGAGCAGGAAUAUUAUAGGGAAAAUGUUGUUGUAUCUGAAGUGGAGGCCCGCAAUAUAUUUUUAGACAGCACAGGGCAAAACAAUGCUGUCUGGGAUGCUGCCAAAUAUGGAAGAGUGACGGGUAGUAUUUCGUAUGCACUAUAUACAUAUUAUAAGAAUAAAAAUCCUGAUUGGGGAAAAAAAAUUGAGUCUGUAUUUGGGUCUAAUAUUACUAAUGAUAGUAUGGCAGCAGGAACAUUCUAUGAGCCUUAUGCUUUGAAGAAGUAUUUGCUUGAUGAGAACAAGAAGGGUUUUGGUAUUGUAGACUCAAUGCAGGUGGGUAUAGUUGUAAACCCACUGGUUCCAUGGCUUGGUUACAGUGCUGAUGCCAUUAUUUACAAAGAUAGGAAAAUGUUUAAAUUGUGGGAGAAUAAGACACCUGUUAAAGGCCAGAUAAUUGGGGCAUCAGAUAUAUGUGACCACUUAGCUUACAUUGACCAGUCUACUGGUCUAUUGAAAAAAAAGAAUCAAUAUUAUGGUCAGAUUCAACUCGGGAUGGUCCUGCUGAACAUUCCUGCCUGCGAUUUCUGUGUUUAUUGUUCUGGAAAAGUUGAAAAGUUGCGUCCACCAAAACCAGACUUGGAGUCUAUCCACUGUCAAACUGUAGUCUUAGAUCAGUCAUUUUGUGCUAAUUAUUUAGAAACUCUCUGUCGUGUUUAUUUUGAAAAAAUUUUACCUUGGCGGGUUCAAGAACAGAUUAAAGCCUCAUAA